AUAUACAUAUCUCUCUAUUGCUUGCUUUCACACACACACUCACUGUGUGAUCGAGUCUCCGCCGUAAUGGGAUCGGAGCUGUUCUUCCGAGGUCAGGAAUCGCCGCCGGAGACCGACGCCUACACGCCAAAGCCUCCGAAGCCGUGGAUGACUUUCAACGGUUCGAUCAGUUACAUGCUCCGCGAGCAGCGCCUGGUUUGCCUCCUCGCCGGGAUGGCCCUCUCCGCGUUCAUCGUCAUCGCCCUGCGCCCGCCGCCGCAUCCUCCGCGCGGCCGCGGCCUCGGCCCGAUCUCGGCCUCCCGAUCGGCCGCCCACCAGCACGGCCGGCUCAUGUACCAGAAGGGCGUCGGAUUCGGGGCGCUCCAUUCUGGCGGGAAAAUCCCGCUGGGGCUGCAGAGGAAGGGUUUGAGGAUCGUGGUGACGGGCGGGGCGGGAUUCGUCGGGAGCCACCUGGUGGACCGCCUGGUGGCCAGAGGCGACAGCGUGAUCGUCGUCGACAACUUCUUCACCGGGCGGAAGGAGAACGUGAUGCACCACUUCGGCAACUCCAGGUUCGAGCUCAUCCGGCACGACGUCGUCGAGCCCCUUCUCCUCGAGGUUGACCAGAUCUACCACCUCGCCUGCCCUGCAUCUCCGGUUCAUUACAAGCACAACCCCGUCAAGACAAUCAUAUCCUCCUCCUCCUCCUCCCUCUUUUUUUUUAUUUCAUCAAUUUCCCCAAAUUAUUCACUCGAUUGAACAAAUUCUUUCCUUCUUUCUUCGUCAAUUUUCACAAGAAAUUUCAAUUCCUUAAUUCUAACUGCGAUUUUGGGAGCUUCACAAGACGAAUGUGGUAGGGACUCUGAACAUGCUGGGCUUGGCCAAGAGAGUGGGGGCGCGGUUCUUGCUAACCAGUACCAGCGAGGUUUACGGGGAUCCAUUGGAGCACCCCCAGAAGGAAUCUUACUGGGGAAAUGUCAAUCCCAUUGGCGUCCGGAGCUGCUACGACGAAGGGAAGCGUACGGCAGAGACGUUAACCAUGGACUACCACAGAGGUGCUGGUGUUGAGGUGAGGAUUGCCAGGAUAUUCAACACAUAUGGCCCAAGGAUGUGCAUUGAUGAUGGCCGGGUGGUCAGCAACUUUGUUGCUCAGGCAUUGAGGAAGGAACCAAUGACUGUUUAUGGUGAUGGAAAACAGACCAGGAGCUUCCAAUUUGUUUCAGAUUUGGUUGAAGGUCUGAUUCGUUUGAUGGAAGGAGAUCAUGUUGGGCCUUUUAACCUUGGAAACCCGGGUGAAUUCACCAUGCUUGAACUUGCUAAGGUGGUACAGGAAACGAUAGACUCAAAGGCGCAGAUGGAGUUCAGGCCAAACACGGAGGACGACCCGCACAUGAGGAAGCCGGAUAUCUCAAAGGCCAAAGACUUGCUUGGUUGGGAACCCAAAGUGCCUCUCAGGAAAGGUUUGCCAAUGAUGGUUCAAGACUUCAGGCAAAGGAUCUUUGGUGACCAAAAAGAUAAUAAUAAUAAUAAUAAUAAUAAUAAUAAUGCUGGUUCUUCCACAUUUUCUACUGCUGCAUAAAUACCUUUUUCUCUUUCUUUCUUUUUUUUCCUGCAUUCUCAACCCCAUUUCCACUCCAAUGUUCUCUUAGCCCUUCCUACCAACACAUUUUUGAGCUACCCAUUUGUUUGAUAUUGUCACUGCCAUUUUUACACAUAUGUUUUAUAAUUAUUAUGUUCCGUUUUUGAGUCAUUUAUCGACUCCUUUUUUGUAUACAACAAACCAUAGUAUUGUUUCCUCUAUUCUUAUAGAGAGAUACUUUUACAAAAAGCAUAUUGGACUACGUAUGCGACUUAUCGUUAUAGAGAGAUACUAUGUAAUACUCGAUGUAUAAAAUCUAUUCUAAGAAAAAUGUGAUUGUUAU